AUGGUGAUUAUGUACUCUGACAAGGAUAUAAUCUUGCAUCAGAUGAAGUAUGAACUUGAGCUUCUGAAGAGAUUUGAGCUAACAAAUUGCAAGUCUGCAAUCACACCUGCUGAAACAAAUCACAAGCUUAAUUCAGAUGUUGAGGGUGAGGAUGUAGAUGUUAUAACUUUCAAACAGUUGGUAGGCUCAUUGAGAUAUAUCUGCAGUACCAGACCUGACAUUUGCUAUGAAUUUGGAAUGGUGAGUAGGUUUAUGAACAAACCAAAGUGGUCACAUUACCAAGUUGAUGUCAAGAUACUGAGGAAUAUUAAGGGGACUCUGAAGUAUGGAGUUUUGUUCCCUUCUAGUGUUGAAACUGAGUCAGAGAUGAUAUGUUAUUCAGACUCUAAUUGGUGUGGAGAUAAAGUUGAUAGAAGAAGUACUUCCGGAUACUUCUUGAAGUAUUUGGGAGGUCCCAUUUCUCGGUGCUCCAAAAAGUAA